AUGAAGACGGCUCCUCUCGUGGCUGCCGCCUUUUUGGCAACUGGCCUCGACGCCAGCCCACUCGUGGCACGCAACGACUCGAAUGACGGUCUCGCCUACUCUCCUCCCGUCUAUCCUUCGCCAUGGAUGGACCCCAAUGCGCAAGGCUGGGAGGAGGCCUACAUCAAGGCUAGGGACUUUGUCUCUCAGCUGACCCUUCUCGAGAAGGUCAACAUUACCACCGGUGUGGGAUGGAUGGGCGAGCGCUGCGUUGGCAACGUGGGAGGUGUCCCUCGUCUUGGCCUCCGCGGUUUCUGCAUGCAGGAUGGCCCCCUGGGCAUCCGUUUCUCAGACUACAACAGCGCCUUCCCAGCCUCCAUCACCGCCGGAGCGACCUUCAGCAAGCACCUGCUGAGAGACCGUGGUUUCAAGUUGGGCUCCGAGCAGCGUGACAAGGGCACCGACGUCUUGCUUGGCCCAGCUCUCGGUGCUCUCGGCCGCAUGCCCCUGGCCGGUCGUAACUGGGAGGGCUUUGGUGUCGACCCCUACAUGAUGGGUCAGAUGACUGGCGCCGUCGUCGAAGGUAUCCAGAAUGCUGGUGUCAUUGCUUGCGCCAAGCACUACAUUGCCAACGAGCAGGAACACUUUCGCCAGUCGGGCGAGGCUGUCGGCUAUGGCUUCGACAUUGCUGAAGCCCUCUCGUCCAACAUUGACGACAAGACAAUGCACGAGGUGUACAACUGGCCCUUUGUCGACGCUGUGCACGCCGGUGUCGGCUCCAUCAUGUGCUCCUACCAGCAGAUCAACAACUCGUACGGUUGCCAGAACUCGGCCACCCUCAACGGCCUCCUCAAGGGUGAGAUGGGCUUCCAGGGCUUCGUCUUGUCCGACUGGCAGGCCCAGCACACUGGCGCUGCGUCAGCGGUCGCUGGCCUCGACAUGACCAUGCCUGGUGAUACCAGCUUCAACACUGGCGUCUCCUACUGGGGCAGCAACCUCACCCUGGCCGUGCUCAACGGCACGGUCCCCGAGUACCGUCUCGACGACAUGGCCAUGCGCAUCAUGGCCUCGUACUUCAAGGUUGGCCGCACUGUGGAGACCCAGCCCGAGAUCAACUUCUCCUCGUGGACACGCGAGACAUUCGGCUACCUCCACCCGGCGUCCCAGGAGAACUGGCAGCAGGUCAACUUCCAGGUCGAUGUUCGGGGCGACCACGCGCACCACAUUCGCGAAACCGCUGCCAAGGGCACUGUCCUACUCAAGAACAACUAUGACGCCCUGCCUCUCAAGAAGCCCAAGUUCGUUGCUGUCAUUGGCGAUGAUGCUGGCCCCAACUCGGCUGGGCCCAAUGGGUGCAGCGACCGUGGCUGCCUGGACGGUGUCAACGCCAUGGGCUGGGGCAGCGGCACCUCAGAGUUCCCUUACCUCAUCACCCCGGACAGUGCUCUGCAGCAGCAAGCGAUCCAGGAUGGCACGCGCUACGAAAGCGUCCUGAGCAACUACGAGUGGGACAAGGCCAAGGCCCUCGUCAGCCAGCCCGACGCCACCGCCAUCGUCUUUGUGGCUGCUGCCUCGGGCGAGGGCUACCUGAACGUGGAUGGCAACAUGGGCGACCGCAACAACAUGACUCUCUGGAAGAACGGUAACGAGCUCAUCAAGAACGUCUCCUCGGUCAACCCCAACACCAUUGUCGUCAUGCACACCGUUGGUCCCGUCGAGGUGGCCGAGUGGCAUGACAACCCCAACGUCACCGCCAUCCUGUGGGCAGGCCUCCCCGGCCAGGAGGCUGGCAACUCUAUCACGGACAUUCUGUACGGCAAGCACAGCCCCGGCCGCUCCCCCUUCACGUGGGGCCCCAACCGCGAGAGCUAUGGCGUGGAUGUGCUGUACGAGCCCAACAACGGCAACGGUGCCCCCCAGCAGGACUUUACUGAAGGUGCGUUCAUCGACUACCGCCACUUUGACAAGGUCGCCCCCAACAAGGGUGACGAGGGUGCUCCCAUCUACGAGUACGGCUUUGGUCUGUCGUGGUCCGCGUUUGAGUACACAGACCUCGUCAUCACCCCGCGCUCGCCCCAGCCAUACCAGCCCACCGUCGGCCAGACCAUUGCUGCGCCAUCCUUUGGCAACUACUCGGACGACCUCAACGAGUACACCUUCCCCGACGACAUUCGCCGCAUCGACCAGUUCAUCUAUCCCUAUCUCGACACUGCCGAGUCUGGCGAGGCUGCCUCUGGCGACCGCAACUACGGCUCCACCGCCGAGGAGUUCCUCCCUGCCGGUGCCACGGACGGCUCCCGCCAGCCCCUGAAGGCGGCCUCGGGUGCCAACGGCGGCAACCGCCAGCUGUGGGACGUCAUGUACGAGGUCCAAGCCACCAUCACCAACACCGGUGCCGCCAUGAGCGACGAGGUGCCCCAGCUGUACGUGUCGCUGGGCGGAGAAGGCGAGCCGGUCCGCGUGCUCCGCGGCUUUGACCGCAUCGAGAGGAUCGCGCCCGGGCAGAGCGUCCAGUUCAUUUCCCAGAUCACCCGCCGUGAUCUCAGCAACUGGGACACGGUCCGCCAGAACUGGGUCAUCACCGACGCGCCCAAACAGGUCUGGGUCGGCAGCUCGUCGAGGAACCUGCCCUUGGUGGGUGACUUGAAGUAG